AAUGCUGCAUUUUUUCUCUAUCAACGGGUGAUAAAUCACAUUUCAUCAGGGUUUAUGUGACAAAAUGAUGUAAAGUAAUUAAUGAAUUGUCGAGCAGAUUGUUCAGGUGUGGAACGUUUGAAACGCGAACUCUAAAUGUUCGGCCACAUCUGCGUCUAAUCUGAUGCUUAAUGUGAUUGAUAGUUAACGCAUAUAAUUUAACAUUAAACACAAGCGUAGCCAUAGAUUAACGCACUAAUCUUAUAACGACAUCGUUAAUGAUAUUAGGCGUUAAACGAUAGUUUGGGUGGCGGUCUUUUUUCAUACAUCAAAGAGACCUCACGCGUAUUGUGUUGGGUUAUUGUUAUUAAUAUAUAAAUGUAGCCACUUAAAAAUGUAAAACCUGGCACAUAAUUUUUUUUAGCAUUAAUUGACUCGUUUAUGGCUAUGGGAAGUUAAUACAGAUGUGGCCUCAGCAUAACAAGACGAGUACUAAAUACUUUGGCCAGCCAUUUCAUAAGAUCUUCGAUACAUUUAUUCUUAUCAAGUGUCGGGUUAACAAACUGAUCUGCUAUCAGUUCGAUGCUUUCAUUUUCAUUAGAUAUAUCGAUAUAUAUUAUUAAACAGUUAUUUUAUUUCGUUGAUCGUCAUGGAACAGAAAGCAUCAUUCUAACUCACUUAUAUUGGCACGAGAGCGCAUUCCGAUCUUCUGAAUAUUAUGUGUUGAAUUUUCGUUCAUCUAGUCAAUUGCUUUUUCAUCGCAUAAACAUUUUGAAUCGUGUUAUACAUUUUUCAUCUUUGGUUUCCUCAACCAUAACCGGCAGAAGUGUAAAAAAUCUGUGCUCAUUCUCUGUGAAUUCCUAAUGAUUUUGUGAUUUGUUUACACAGUAUGUGUUGUUUUUAGUAAAAACUUUUAUCAACAACUGUUAACGAUCUAGAUCUUAGUGCAAGACUAAAGCAGUCAGAAGAUACACGUGCAUUGGAUUCUAACAUACACAUUGAUAAGAAGCGUAUUAUUUUUGAAAUAGGAUUAUUAGACCAUGGUUUGUAUAGCUGGUCUACCAUGCGUGAUUAAGUUCAAUCUAUAUAAUGGAGCCAAAGAUAAGAAUCUUUCCAACAUCGAAUUUGUAUUGAACGAAUCUACUCGCGGCAGAGAUCUUUAUGAUUAUAUUCAAGAAUGUGGACAAAUACAGCCUGACAGCUUUAAAUUAUAUUUGUUGUCAUCAGAAGUAAUGAUUGAUUUAUCUGAAAUGAAGGAUAAAACAAUGUCAGAAAUUGGUGUAGAUUUUUCCUACGCUCGAGAUUCAACUAAAUCUAAAUACACACUUGUAGUUUUGGAUUCAACCAGUACAAGUUUUUGUACCAAUAGUUUGGUACAAAAACAAGUCGAAUGUAAUCUACCUACAUAUAAUCCUCCGCCACCAUCUCCUAAUCAUUCAUCUGUAUGGAGCGAAGGAAAUGUUGACUUUAAAAGUCUCAAUAAACCUGAAAUAUGUUAUGUUGGUUUAGUAAAUCAAGCAAUGACUUGUUAUUUAAAUAGUCUACUUCAGGCAUUGUAUAUGACUCCCGAAUUUCGAAAUGCACUGUAUAAUUGGGAAUAUGUAGAAGGAUCAGAGAAAGAUGAAGCUAAUAGUAUCCCGUAUCAGUUACAAAAGUUGUUUUUAAACCUACAGACAUCGGCAAAAUCUGCAGUGGAGACAACAGCAUUAACAAAAAGCUUUGGUUGGGAUUCAACAGAAGCCUGGCAGCAACAUGAUAUUCAAGAACUUUGUAGAGUUAUGUUUGAUGCUUUAGAACAAAAAUUUAAGAAUACAGAACAAGCUGAUUUAAUUAACAGACUCUAUGAAGGAAAGAUGAUUGAUUAUGUUAAAUGCCUUGAAUGUAGUACUGAAAAAUCUAGAGAGGAUACUUUUCUUGAUAUUCCAUUACCAGUAAGACCAUUUGGUAGUAAUGUGGCAUACAGUAGUGUGGAAGAAGCUUUAAGAGCCUUUGUACAGUAUGAAACGUUGGAAGGAAAUAAUCAAUAUUUUUGUGAAAAAUGUAACAAGAAAUGUGAUGCUCAUAAAGGAUUAAAGUUUACAAAAUUUCCCUAUCUUUUAACGCUACAUCUUAAACGAUUUGAUUUUGAUUUUAAAACUUUCCACAGAAUUAAGUUGAACGAUAAGGUUACUUUUCCAGAUAUAUUAAAUUUAAAUCCUUUUAUAUCCUCGAUACCAAAUCAAGAAUCUCCGAGCAGCGAUGAAAAUAUUGGUUUAGUAAAAUGCGAUGACAGUUCGACAACAGAUAGCGGUACAUUAGAUGACGAUUAUGUCCUAUGUGAAAAUAAUCUUUCCAACAGUAAUCAUUCGACAAAUCACGAUCAAGACGAUGAUGAAGGUAUAGACAUGAGUAAUGGACCGUCGACAUCAAAUUGCACAGUACACAAUCAUGAAAAUGAAAAAAAUCGUAAUAGCAGCAGUGUGGCUAAAGGACCUUAUAAUUAUGAAUUAUUUUCAAUUAUGAUCCAUAGUGGGAGCGCUAGUGGUGGCCAUUAUUAUGCCUACAUCAAAGAUUUCAGAACACAAGAAUGGUUGUGUUUUAACGAUCAAAGUGUAACUCAGAUCACUCAUGAUGAUAUUCAGAAAACAUAUGGUGGUGGUCCAAGUAGACCGUAUAGAGUAUCAAGUAGUUGUGCCAAUGCAUAUAUGCUGAUGUAUCGUCAGAUCGAUCCUGUUCGUAAUGCUUUACCCAUGCAAGUGCAAGAUUUUCCGAAACACAUACAGGAGUUGUUGAAAAAGAUGAAAGAAAAUGAGGAUAAUGAUAGGAAAACUCGUAUAUCGCAACACGAAAGUCACACGCUACGUAUCCCACACGACGAAAAUCGUAUGUCACAACACGAAAGUCACACACUACGUAUGUGUGUGCCACUUUAUGAAACCCUUGCGUCAAACUCGAAAUCUCGUAUGUCGCAACUCGAUUCUCGUAUAGGUUACUUUACUCGUAAAGUAAAAGUGCACUGUAUACGUCCGAAUGAAAAUAUUCUACUGAGUCAUAGACUUCCCUUGCCGCCCGACGCAACUUGGGCAGAAACAACAAAGCAAGUUUAUAAAGACUUCCGUUUAGAAAAGAUAGUAGAUUUAGAUCAGUGUCGUUUAGUUGCUUACGACGAGUAUAAUCACGAAAUCGUGGCCAGCUACGAAGGAAGGGAAAACGAAACAUUUGAAAGUAUUUCGAAUAAUCGAAUAAAUAGCCUGUUAUUAGAAAUACGUGAUAAAGAUAAAAAAUUCGAAUCAUAUCCAAGAGGUAUCGUUACAAAAGUAUUUAUUGUUGAUGUACCUACAAGAGAACUUAUAGAAGGUCCAAUAAUCGUACGAGCUUUACUUACGCAAACUGUAAAAGAAUAUAAACAAAUGGUUGGAAAGAAAAUCAAUAUAGAUCUCAGUGAGAUGGAGGUAGUUUUGCGAAAACAUGGAACAGAUACUACACUCGUGUCGAAUAGCGAUGUUGAUCUUCAAGCUGCAGGGUUUUGUAAUUUGGUCAACGUGUUCAUGUCUAGUAUGCUGGAUACCGAGUAUAAACCUUUCUUUAACACAGCAAUAUGCGGAAUUGUUGAAGAGUUAGAAAACAUCAUAACGUUACGUAUAAAGUUACCCGAUACAAGUAAAGAAACGCUGGAAGAUUUAAAUAUCCCACCAUUAGAAGAGGAACCUAAAGACAAAGAGAAACCUGUGGUUUCAACCAGUCCAUCCAAAGUAAGUGUUAACGACUCGAAUCACGAUGCUGGUCCGAAAUCUAACGAAGUUUCAAAGACUGGAAAAACUACCGAAGAUACUCCUGUAAGAAAUCCGAGUCCACAAUUGGGAGAAGGUGAAGAAUGGAAUACUCCUGAACAAAGUAAUAGCGAGGAUAGUAGUCUCAGUGAUAGUGAUAAAACAUUGGUCGGGGAUGCUCCGGAAGAUGAUGUUUUUCAAUUACCGUAUCUUCCUUCAAAAAAUCGUGCCAUUAAAAUGCUAAAUCACAUUGGACUUGAAAAUUGGGACAAUGUUAUCGAUGAUUCGGAAUAUUAUGUAAAAGUCACCCCUUACAUGAGUAGUUAUCGAAAGUGUUUAAAGGUACUGGUUGAUAAAAGGAUGACAUUCAGUACCUUAAAGAAACAUUUAGAACCUUAUGUUGGUGUACGUUCAGAUUAUUUCAAAAUAUUUCGUUACUUUAACGAAUCUGGCGAAUCUCAAUGUAGUCUAUUUAAUCGACUUGUUUCCUACGAGGAUGAGGAGGAACUUUGCAUAAAGCUUGGACGUGCUCUACGCAAUGGUGAAUUUACAGUAAAAUUAUAUCAGUUUUUCAUUGAUUCACCUGAGCCUUACAAAUUUUUGUGCGAGUGGAUCCUUUCGGAGGGUAUGCAAGUCGGUCAAGCGAAAAAAGAAUUCUUGGCAGAAAUUAAAAGGAAAUACGAUAUAGAUAUUCCAUAUGAAAGGUGUCGAUUGAGGAAAAAGUGUUUUAGCAAAGCUACAAAAGUAUUUUUAGACGAUCAGAAAUUCGAGCUUCCAUUCUAUCCGCAAGUCGAAAUGAUCAUACAAGAGUUACCUGACAAGGAGCCAAUUACCAAUGGCAAUCAAGUUGUUUUAUUUGUCCGAAGAUGGUCCGUUGAAACAAUGCAACUUGCACCACUUCAGGAAAUUGUUUUGGAUAGAAAGUCUGCAGAGGAAUUGUACAAAAAAUUGUCAUCUAUAUCGGAUAUACCUGAAAAACACAUAGAGGUAGCAAAAGCAAAAGCUUCUUUCUCAUAUACGUCAAUCGUUCGAAUUCAGAAUGAAUUAGAGUGGAACGAAACCAUGAUUGAUAUUGAACCUAGUAUUCAGGAUGGUGCUGAGUACAUAUAUAGGGAUAACAGGGAAACGGUAAAGAAUUUAACACGGGAAGAGUUCAGUGAAAUAGCAGUUCAAGAAGUGUCUCGUUUAUUACCACCUUCCUCGGCGCCACGUUAUAGUGCGCGGAGAGAGAAAGCGCUUAGAAUAAAUUUGGAUACCGAAUGA